GCAUUAACGAAACCGGAAACAAUCCAAGCGUUUUGUAGCGUAUCCAACUUUCAGCACGGAAGGCGUCAAAAACUUUUUGCUAGCAAAAACGAAUCGAAGUAACCAUAUCUUUGAAUAAAUCUCGUGAAGCAGCCGGACCGGUGCCCAAAAUGCCAAGAACGGAGUCCCUGUUGAACAGUAAAACCAUGUCGGAUGUCACCUUUACAGUGGGAUCCAGCAAACAUCAAAUUUACGCUCAUAAGAUGAUCCUGAUGAACGCCUCGGAUCAUUUUCUCGACCUGUUUGAAAAUUCGCAGAUCACCGAGAUUUCACUGGAAGACGUUGCGCCGAACAUUGUCCUGGAGAUACUACGUUUUCUGUACUGUGAGAAAAUCAAUCUCACCUCGGACAAUAGUCGUAAAAUUUUCUUACAAGCGAAGAAAUGGUCCCUGGGAAAGGUGAUGGAAGCGGUUGCGAACUUUCUGAAACAAAGCAUCGACUCGCAAAAUGUGCUUAAGAUGCUGAUGGAAAAUCGAUUCUACGAAUUGAAGACUGUUGAGGAGAUGUGUUUGCAAAUAAUUUGCGAUAAUCCUUUUCAUUACUUCGAGCAUAACGAUUAUUGGUUGCUGGACCGCGAAUCGCUCAAACUGAUCGUUACUGCUAAGACCAUCAAUUGUUCCAAAGAUCAAUUGAUGGAGAUUGUGGAUAAAAGGGCGUACAACGAUAAUUUGGAUUUCGCUGAUUUGAGAGUAGCUAUCGAAAGCUCUAAUCCAUUGUUUGCCUGUAAUCAACUAAGAUUCUUUGGAACACUCAAAAAGGAGUAUACUUCCAGAACAGACUUUUGCUUUACUUCGUCUAAUCCUCAUUUCAGCGGUAUAACAUUGAUCGGAAUAGGAGUACUUUUCAAAACGCGCGAACAAAAUGUCAAAAUAACCGUUAAUGGAACAUUUAUCAGAAAAACUUAUGCAUUCAGAAACCCCUGCGUAGAUACAGUGAACAUUGUUGAUAUUUUCUUUAAGCAUUAUGACAUAAAAUUUGACCAUUCGGUUUCGUUUUUUAUUACCUUUCAUCCAGAGGUAGAAGAUUUAUGCUUGGAUUCUCCCAAAACGUACCACAGCCACAUCGGAGUAGAACAGAAUGACCCGUGUUCACCUAUCGCCCAUUUCUACUAUAAAAACAUCGAGCAAAAGUCUUAAAAAUGUUUACUACUGUAAUAAGGUGCACUUGAAUUAUUAAUUGAAAUAAAAGCACUUUG